CUAAAAAGCUUUGGGGACCAAGAGGAGGAGGAGUUCCCCAUUAAAAGCUUCGUCACCUUACGCUGUCCAGUUCUCUCUCUCUUCUUUCUCUCUCUACAACUCUCUUUCUCUGAUUAGGCGCUCUAUCUCUCGAAGCUUUUCUCCCAGUAAAAGCCCUGGAAAUUUCCCAAAAUCUCGAUUGAAUUCAGGUUGGUGCAUCACAUUUAUAUUUAUAUGAUAUAUCUAAAUCUGAAGUGAAGAAUCCAUCAGUCUCGAAGUUCACUGGUCAUUUGUGGCAUUUGUGGCAUUUGUGGCAUUUGUGGCAUUUGUUUUACUACCAAGAAAGAUUCGUUUAUUAGUUUAAAAAUCAAUCAGCGUAGCUUUCUUACACAAGAAUCUUCCGACUGGAACUUUGCAAUAUGUCGAGUGGAUCCGUUAGACGGGUCUCACGUGAAGAUAUACAACUGGUGCAAAACCUUAUCGAGCGAUGUCUCCAGCUUUACAUGAACCAGAAGGAAGUGGUAGAUACCUUACUGGAUCAGGCAAAAAUAGAGCCUGGUUUCACAGAACUUGUUUGGCAGAAACUUGAGGAAGAGAAUCGGGAAUUCUUCAGGGCUUAUUAUUUAAGACUGAUGGUGAAGCACCAAAUAAUAGAAUAUAACAACUUGCUUAAGCAACAGGUGGAGUUGAUGAGUCAGUUACACUCAAGUAAAGUUGCUUCAAUAUCUAGUUCCAAUGGAUCUCAAAUUUCAUCAAUAAUAAUUUGGAAAAAAAAAAACCAUGACAAUGUCACAGUGCACCAAAACUCGACUUGCUACGCACCAGAGCAUGUAGGACCAGCGCUGAAGACAGAAAAUAUACACCACCAAGUUGCUUCCUGCCUACCUAAUGCAUUUACUAAUGGUGGGUCGUCAUUGCACACUAGUAUGCACAAUGCUGUUAAAAUGUCUGCUCAUACCAAUAGGAUUGAUGUCCAACCAAACAUGCUUCCGAACCAGAGCUCCAACAUAGGUCUGAUGCAAGGAAUGAAUGGGGGAAUUGUCAAAUCAGAAGUUGGAUAUUCAGGCAGUUCGUACAUGUUUAGUGCUGAUGGAAACAUCCUGGAAACGCGGCCCGCUAUUGGAGAUGCUUCUGUUGCAGCAUUCAAUAGCGUAGAGUCGAACUCACAGCCCCUAAAUGAAUCACUGCUUGAUGCAGACUGUUCGUCAUUUGGUUUUUUAGGUCAGAUUCCUCGAAAUUUCAGCCUGUCGGAUCUGACAGCUGACUUUUCUCAGAGUUCAGACAUACUGGAGAGCUAUCCUAGAUCACCCUUCUUGGCUACAGAUAAUGACAACUUUCUGGAUUCUCGUGAUAGAGAACAUCAAGGAGACAAUAACAGAUUGGACACCAUUUCAGAAGGUGUAAGUUAUGAAGAUUUUGGCAGUGAAUAGUUAUAACAUUAAAAUCCAAAGGUAAAUUUUCAAACCUAGGACACAAGGGUUUGUACAUACACCAUUUAAGAUUUUGGCUGGUGUGUAAAAUUCACUGAUGGUAGUGAGAAUGACAGUUAGAGUGGUUCCGUACAACAAGUGGACAGCAACGCUGGAAACUGCUAUGGAAACGGUUUUUUGUUAUCUUGGAUGUUCUGCUAGCUGCAGGUUUUAUUUUCAGUUGUUGGAGGUAUAUUUAUCGUAGAAAUGUAUGUAGUUUGUUCUAAUGACGACGACGGUCGUGAUGUGAUGUUAAAAAAAAAAAGGAGGAAAAGGAAAACCAGUGCUUCAGUUAGAAUUGUUGACAGUUGAUAAAGAUAUUUGGCUAUUUUGGUUGGUUGAUCUAAUAAUGAAGAAAUCUAGUUUUGUUUUUCUUUUCUUGGUCUGGAAGAAAUGUACGCAUUUUUUUGUCUGGCGGAAGAAAUGUGGUCGAAUAUCAGAUUUACAGAUACAAAAAUCAGUGCGUGGGAGAUUAUUUGUACUAGUCUCAUACACAAUUUUCUUAAGUGGGCAUAUGAUUACCAGAUUUGUUGUGUUUAGAACGUGUGUUCUUUAAAAGAACGGAUCCAUGUUUGCAUUAAUAACUGUGAAAUCCUGUCUUUGGAAUUUCACUAUUCAUUACGUAUCUCA